AUGCCAGAGUUCCCGCCCCCGAUCGACCCGUCCUAUGUACCCUCGGUUUCGCUUACGAGGAUUCCCGCAAACGCGCCGAUUGACGACAUCCUCGCCAUCCUGGAGCGAGACGGCGGGCUUAUUCUGACCGACCUAGUUUCAAGCCAAGAUGUGGCUGCUAUCAACAAUGAGCUGGACCCUUACGUCGAGAAGGCCAGAGCCGAAUCGCACGCUGCAUAUGACCUUAUCCCCAAACAGACGAUAAUGGUCCCUGGCAUUGUAGGGAAGUCGCCUACCAUGGCAAAACUUGCUGAGAACGAGGUGAUUGAUAAACUGCGGACGAGAGUCUUGCAGAAAAAAUGCACUGCCACCUGGGAAGACCGAACGGAGGAGUUUACAAUCGACCCUUUAUUAAACAGCAGUUUGACAUAUAAUGUCAGCUAUGGUGGCCCCCGUCAGAGGCUGCACAGAGAUGACAUGAUCCAUGGCAUUUAUCACCAUGGUGGGGAGUACAACUUGUCAAACGAGACUAUGCUUGGCUUCAUGUUUGCGGGAUGUAAAACCACUCGCGAAAAUGGAGCAACGAUGGCCAUUCCUGGCUCCCAUAAAUGGAAUCAUACUCGGGUUCCUCGAACCGAUGAAGUUUGCUUUGCCGAGAUGGAGCCCGGUUCUGCCUUUGUCUUCCUAGGUACUGUCUACCAUGGCGCCGGGCACAAUUCUGUUCCCGACCAGGUACGCAAGGUCUAUGGUCUGUUCUUCAUCUCGGGAACACUUCGACCAGAAGAGAACCAAUUCUUAGCCAUUCCUCGAAGCAAGGUACUGGGAAUGAGCGAUAAAAUGCUGUCCCUGCUUGGGUAUAAAAAGCCGGAGACAUGGCUUGGUAUUGUGAAUAACGGCGACCCGGCAGAGAAUCUCAAGGAGGUUCUCGAGAUGGCUAACUCAUAG